AAUUAGAUAGAGAAGCUGGAAUGAAACGGACGAGGAGAUAAAGGAAUGGAAUGGUAAAGGACGAUUAUGACCAAGAGAAAGUAGCAGAUGAAAGAGAAAAGAGGAGAGAAAGAGAAGAACGAUGCAGACACAACUCCGCGCAACUACCCCACCUUCGGUUGCUUCACUGACUGUUUCCUUCUCUUUUUCUGUGUUACGUCUCCCUCGUUCGUCUUUCUUCGUUUUCGUUUCCCUCUCUAUCUCGCUCGUAGUCCGUUCUUCUUCUUUCUUCGACUCAGAAAAAGCCCGUUCUCGGCAUCUCUGUCCCUCUCCUGUUCUGUUCGGCCAAUUCCUCGUAUUAUACCAGGUUGCGGCGUGGAAUGCGGGCGUCCUUCGUUCGCUUCGAGCAGCGUCCAACCGAUGAGCCCCGCUAGCGUUAUCCUUCGCCGGUCCUUCGCAUGCGCUCCUUAGGGCUUGGUAAAAUUAACCUGGAAUACUCGGCCGAGACGCCCGCCUCGCUCUCUUCUCUCUCUUUCUUCCUGCCUGCCUCAGAUUCGUUAAACUCACUCACGCGGCUCUCACCAAUACGACCGACAUGCCAUUCCGCACGCGUGUACUUCCCCGUAUAUGCAAGCCGCGUAUGCGCGCAUACAGGCGCAUGCGCAGCAGCCGCGUAACAGAAUCACGGCGCGGCGCGGCGCGGUGUACGGAAACGGCGAUCGGCGCACUUACUUGGCGCUGGGUUUCUCGGGGUUAUUGACGAUGAAAUUAAGGCGAUUUGUCGAAGUAGAGCGGUUUUAUUGGGAGUUCGUGCUCCUUUCGGAUUGCGGAUAGUAGAGAAACGGGCGCGAGUGCACCGCGCAUGUGCAUUGUGCAUACACAUGGUGGAGUUCGUCUUGAUGCACACCGGCGCGGUGUGUCGAUACACCACGGCAAUUUAUUUUUCUACACACACGUGUGGUGUCUGCGGAGGCUGCUUUAUAUACCCAGGGUAGCCUGUAUAUACCGCCACUGCCUGCCAUUAUUCUCAAUAAUUCUCGACGGUUAAUGACAGUCUGCGGAAUAUUUUUUUGCAUGCGCGGAGGCCCGGUGUGCCGCAGACCGCGCGAAAAAUUGUCGUUUUCUUCGUCGGGGAUAUUAUUGCGGUGAAAUUCAAUGUUGCGGAAAGCAACAUGCAACCUCUUCGCGUAAACGUGUCUCAGUUCGUAGCGAUCCGAACUAUCUUGCUGCGUCCAUCUUAUCUGAAUGUGCACCUGUGUGAAGCCGGAGGCGGAGGAUUCGGAGAACGGGAGAAUCUAGUGAGGACGCUGGGCGUAGCGGCGACGAAAUGAAGCAUGCAGCAUGCGUGGUAGCGGUGUCACGGCUGCGCGGUCCUGCCUUCAACCCCUGGUGUCCGCCAGCCGCUACCUCGCCGUUCAAGUCCUUCCUGGUGAUCCUCUUUACUUCGUCGUUGAGGCGAAGUCGAGAGUAAAGGAGGUGUAUGCGCAGACAUGCAUGCUUCUCGGCCAGCAGGGCAUGCGAGACUGCGAACUGUUCGGCCUGGCAAUACUAUCCGACGGCGAGUACCUUUUCGUCGAUCCCGAGAAUAAAUUAAGCAAAUACGCACCGAAAAACUGGCGUAGCUCUCAUACAUACGGCUUAGACAGCAGCGGGAGACCAGCUUUCGUCCUCUACUUUCGCGUUCGCUACUACGUCGACACACCAUUGCUCCUAAGCGAUGAAACGACGCGCCACCACUAUUACCUGCAACUGCGCGACAAUGUUGUCAGGCAUGGCGGUGGGGUGGAGAACCUCCAUCCUCACCAUCCCUUACACGAACCAUCUAUCGUUACGCCCUUGCUCACACUCGCGGGUCUUGCCCUACAAGCCGAUCUUGGCGAUUACUCCGAAGAACGACAUAGGCCACACGCAGGAUCUGUGGGAUAUUGCAAGCCCACGGACUACCUUCCGCCACACAUGUGCCUCGAGUCAAAUGUGCUCGCUGUGCUUGCGGCACAGCACAGGGACAACCGAGGUUUAUCGAGGGAGGAGGCAGAACUGCAAUACAUCCGGGAGGCGGUGCUGCUGGAGGCGCCGCUCAACGCUCACCUCUAUCGGUUACGAAGAAGCAAGAACGAGGCAGGUCCGGGACGCAUACUCCUUGCGAUAUGCGCUCGCGGGGUGCGAGUCUACGCUGAGGAGGAAACACCGCGUGUCUUCGCCUGGAACAAUAUCGGCAAACUUUGCUUCGACCGCAAGAAGUUUGAGAUACGCGCAGUCGAUCAGCCGGACAAGCUCACCCUUUACAGUGGAUGCGAUGAUAAAAGCAAAUUGCUUCUGGGACUCUGUCGAGAUACCCAUCAGUUCUCCAUGGCCAUAGCACCUAGAGUAAAUGAAGCGAAGAGGCGAGAAGAGGAAGAGAGGAAAGUACUUCGCGACUGUUACAUGUAUCCUGCCCGGUGCAAGCUGAGUUUAACAGCACGUGGGGCGCGCGGUGACCAACGAAUUUCUGUUAUCUCGAGCACGUCGUCCAACACGACUUCUGGAAUUGUCAGCGACCGGGUACACAGCGAGGAUGAACCAGACACGGCGCCCGCCUCGACCGAAUGUUUGCCACGUCUUACUGAAAAUACUUCAUACUCUGGUAUUCAGUGCGGUGUUGUCAACGGCUCGAAUGCAAACGUCGAGGAUCGUUCCAUGCCGUCCUCUCCAGUCUCCACCGUGGAUGAAGUUGAUGGUACAGACAGCACUCCUACAACGGCUGCAUUGCGAUUGACAUCGAACGCGGCCACGGCGGCUGAGGGGUCACAAUGUAGCAGCAGCUGCAGCACGGUCGUGGUUGUGAAUGCACCUGCUGGUGGACCGCCGCGAAUGCGGCGUACAUCCGCGACUUCCAGUCUGGAACUCGGUUAUUCGCAUACGGCACAGAAUUCAGCGGUUUCGUCAGAAACUGCUAGCUUUCCUGGCGCCAUUUACGACAGGUGUAAGAAAGGUGGCAAAUACGCGGGUACUGACAUUGCUAGCGAAACUAGUGGGGUAUAUACCCUCAGGAGUAGUGAGAUGCAGGAUGAAAGAAUGGGAGAUUUAUAUUCACCUACCGGUGACGCCAACGGAUCUUCUACAGCGAGCGACGUGUGUGCCUUAAGUUCUGUUCAGUCUACGACUGACGAGGCUUCUGUAACAUCUGGUUUUUAUACCAUACACAGUGGCCUUAGAUCCGAGACAAGCGACGUGUAUACAGAAGAUGUUGGUACCGAAGAUCAGGAACCUAUUUACAGCGUUUGCAAAGGCGAUGAGGACGUUAGUAACGUUGUUUCUAACAUGACGGGAGCUCUGGAUCAGCAGCUCGAAGAUUCUAGAUCACGCAGUAAUAGCAUACUGAGCGCAGGAAGCUUCAGAGGCGAUGGUAGUGACCCUUCCAGCGUUGGACCUCUUUUGUCAGCCGAUGAACUUUCGGAUUUAAUAGUUGGACGUUAUCCUCCUCGAAAGACCAUUAGCAAUUCCAUGGACUCUGAUUGCGACUACGUUACUAUGCCCCCACCACCUCCGCCACCAAGAACCGAUAGCGACAGGCAACUUCCUCCACCUCCUCCUUACCCAGUAAGCAUGGACUACGCAACGAUAAACUCACCGCGACCCAACAUACCUGACAUCGAAAGGGAACCUCCGCCUCCACCACCGUAUAAUGCUACUCGCGGCGAGUUCGUACCUCUGCCACCACGAAGAACCGAUCCACCACCACCGCCACCUUACACUUCACCCAGGGAAAGAAUUCAGAUACCACCGCCUACGCCUCCGAGAAACGACGCGGUAACACCCAGAGAACCACCACCUCCACCGCCUUAUCCCGAGGUUUCAGAGGUCACUCGACAGGAAGCAAUUUCCAAAUUGUAUCCAACGACGAGCGAAGAAAUCGUAUCGAGGGUGACGUCCACGAAAAUACAAACGGGUCUAGCAAAUAGCAAGAUGAACGCCACUUUGACGGCUUCAAAGACCAUCAACGCCAAUCAAGUCAAUGUCAAUGACGUUGCUUCGGUUGCUCCGAAACCACCACCUAGAAUUCAACCACCCACUUAUCCCGGUGACAAAAUGAAACCUACGCCAGUUCACGCCCCCGUAGCGGCUCUUGUCGUUGGACCGAACAAUUACUUGGACGUACACGCUUCACGAGGUGGUCCGGUUUUGUUGCCUUACUUAACACCACCGCCGCCCCCACCACCCCCUCCUCCGCCAAUGGUUCAUCCCAGACAACCUCCACCGCCACCACCCAGCUUAGCUACCGUUUACACGAGUCAAGUUGCGAGGUCGCAGAUCGAACAAUAUAAGCAACAACUGUAUUCGGAUGUCGAUUACGUGAUGUUUCCUCUAAAAGAUCCCGCGGUGUCGAAGCAAGAGUACAUCGACGCGAAACAGGGUUCGCUUCUGGCGGCCAUGGCUGCCUAUCCCCCUCCUCCUUAUCCUUCAUUUAACAACAAAUCGUUAGUAAUGUAUCGUAGCACACCAUACCUUCCUGGCUCCUCGUUCUCGUCACCCACGAAAUACGCUUCGAAUCAAAACCUUAGUAGCAGCGACACAAGUUCUAACAAUUACUUACCGCAUAGUAAUCUGAGUAGCCAUUACGCUGCUAGUACAAGCUCGCUAUAUAGUGGAGCUACUUGUUCGUCGGCAGGCAGUCAGAGUCUUAGACGUGAACCACCAGCCCCAGCUCAUCCCCACACGCUCCACGCGUUCUCUAGAACGAGAAGCGACGAGAACAUUUUGAAGUGUUUCGAUUCGCCUUCCAGUACCAAGCUGCAGUCUCUGCCGCAGCUGAAGCAUCGUCGACUUCCGCCACCUCCGCCACCACCACCAUACGAAAUACAGAAUCUCGAGAAGAAUCAACCACUUCCAUCCGCCUCUUCGUCAUCUUCUUCCCCGAAGAAGACGUCGAAAGCAACCACGAUGGAAGAGCGCGAAGAAGGAAAAGAAGACGGAAUGUUGGACAUUCGGACGCUUCGCGAGAAGAGUCGUAACUUGGACUUGCCGCUGAUAUCGGCGUUGUGUAACGAUCGGUAUUUAUUGAAGCAGACGAAAGCAUUCGUGAUGCCAAAGCAUCCUGCUGAGACGACUUCUUCAACAUCCACGAAGAACGGCGCGAGAAGUAGCAAUGGCGGAACAUCCAGCAGAAAUAAAUACCCGGUCAGCGGUCUUUCUACGACGCAGAUCACCAAACCCCCGAGGAAAUCAUCGACGAGUACUCACAAACACCCCGCCGAGGUGAAGGGCAACGCUUACAAAGUGACGAAUUCGACAGGCAUGUCAGCUGUCAAAAAGGAUUCUACGAGGGCGUCGCAUUCGUAACAGGAAACGAAGAAGAAAACAAAGGGGUUUGCCGCUCUUGCGACAUUAUGGAAAUUACAUUAUUAUACCUCGAUGAAAGUGCAUUCCACGGAACUGUUCAAACGAUUCCACAACUAUAAUGCUUUGUCCUUGAAAUACACGGGCAGCAAGGCGAAGAAAAAGGUUGUUCUAACGCCUUAGGUACUUAUAUAGCGUUUCUACACAAACCGUGCUUCUUCAACUCAGGGUGCCAUUUUAUCAUUUACGAUUCUUCUGUUCGACGCGAAUACUCAAGGAAGGAAAGAAAGAAGUCCGAUGAUAGAUUAGACCUUCGGGAAAAGUGUAAACACGGGAACGUCGAAGGUGUCCAUUAUGUAAUAUCUCUCUUCUUAUCUAAUUUCAUUCUUAUGAUCUCUCUUGAUAUUCCUGGAAAAUUGUACUUCUUUGCAAACGAAGCUUUUCUUUCGUACGUAGAAUAGUUGAAAUACACACCAGUAAUAAAAAUGUCCAUUAAGUUUCUUCGUUUUUGCUCAAUUAAGCGGUUAGCGCGAAAUGAAAGAAAAAGAAUUGAAUGCGAAUGUUUUGUAAAUCUCAAUAACGGUGAAAGAGCGAGAAAAACGUUCUUGCGUAUACUUUAUCUGAUACUAGAGCAACGAUUUUCGUAGGUACUAAUUACACAGAUAUUUUUAUACCGUGAACGAAAGUAGGUAUGAGUAUUGUAACUAGUUGACUUCCUUUUUGAUGUUUACGAAAGUAAUAUUUAUUACAAUCCAGAUGAUCCUGAUAAUUUUUUUUCUACUUUUUUUUCGUUUUAAUAAUUCAAUCAGUACUCGCUUUGUGACACUUUCUCUAUCGAUGCGUUUAUGCGUGUACGUAACUGUAAGUGUAGUCGUAUAUUUAGGAGAGUUUAAGCAUUAAGUAAGUAUAUUCGGUGAGAAAAAAAAAAGUUUGUUCCUUCCUCAGCGACUGAACAUUGUUAUAGAAAGAUUGAACGAAUUCUCCGAUUAUGACAACCGAAUAUCGCGAGAAUACGUUGUUAAAUAGAAAAUGUUUAUACUGCACCAUAGAACGUGUACUACAAGAUAACACAUGUGACAAUUAACGUUAUACAAGAUUUGCGUGAAAGUGAAUCUUUUGAACAUUAAUAUCUUAGAUCAUAGCGUAAUGGGUAAUAAUUUAGUUGUAUAAGUUGACUUAUGUUAAUUAAUAUUAAAUAAUAAUAUUACAACAU